CAUUGGCGUACAUUACACACACACACAUACACACUGUUUACGUAUGUUUACAGACAUCUUAGUUCUAGAUCUAGAUAGGUUACUUAAACUUACUAUCAUUCACAAUGAGCUACAACAGAAAAAAUGAUAACUUUUCAGUGGUAACCAGAAGAGAUGGUACACGUUCAUUUAGAGGUGGCCAUGAUGAUCGAUGGAAUAACCACCAAGGAUCUAAUGCUAAUAGAGGGCAGUCAAGAGGUGGAAGAGGAAACAGAGGAGGUCGACGUGGAGGCUUUCGUCAUUUCAAUGCUCAAUCUGCUAGAUUUAGAAACAGACCUGGAAAUGCCAAUCUUGAUGAAGAUGGGGAUAUUGCAAUGAGUGGUGAAUUCAAUCGAGCAAAUAAUUUGAAUUCCCACACUAAAUCAAGAGGCAGUCACUCUUCCUUCAGAGGCAGAAAUAAUGCUACAAGAAAAGUUCCUCCAAAAGAUGCUUGGUUUAAAAUUAUGGUACCUUUUGGUGCGACUAUGUCAGAGAAUGAAUUGGUUGACAUGAUCAAGAGUAAUAUAAAUGGACCAUUUGAACCCAUUCAGUAUUCAGUUGAUGAUAGAAGUAAGAGAGUCUAUUUCUUCAUCAAGGGUUUAGAUAGUGCUGAUGCCCUUCGAUCUAUUAGCAGAAGAAUCACAAAAUCAGAUGGACACAAACUUGUGUUUCAUGUUACCAAUACAAGUUGUCCUUUGGACAAUACAAUUGACGAUAACUGCAUCCAUAAGUUGACUCUUCGACUUAGUGAGCGCUAUGAUUCAUCAACGCAGUUGUUAAAUUUGAGUGAAUUCCAUGCCGAUGAUGAACUCAAGAAGGACAACAUUUAUCUUCCCCUGAACAGAGCCACAACUAUGGCAGCUAUCACCAAAAUCAUUGCACAACACACACCAGAGUUGGUAGGCCUUGAUGUCAGCAGAAACAAAUUGCUUUCUCUUGGUCACAUGACAGACUUAGUCAAAGUCACACCAAACGUCUGCUGCUUGAACCUGGGUAACAAUCAGCUUCGUUCCCUUGAUGAGCUCACUAAACUCAAAGGUUGGCAAAAUAUUGUGGAAAUCAUUUUAAAAGGAAAUGAUUUGUGCCAAAACUUCAGCAACCAAGAAACAUAUUUAAGCGCUGUUCGGAAAACAUUUCCAAAAGUUCUUAAAUUGGACGGCACAGACUACCCUCCACCUAUCACCUUUGAUUUGGAUAAUGACCUUGUAUUACCACCAACUAAGGACAGCCACUUUGGGAAUGAUGAUGUCAAGAAUUUGGUAGUCACAUUUAUCAAAGAGUAUUAUUCAAUCUAUGAUUCUGACCGCCGCAAAGAUCUUAUGCCAGCAUACCAUGACAAUGCUCAGUUCUCUCUGUUUGCUGUAAAGAAUCCUAUUUUAGACAGACAAGCUUCACUGAGUAGCUAUGUUGAUGACAGUCGUAAUCUCAGAGUGAUUGGACAUUAUGAUUCAGAUAAGCUUUCAAAAAAAAUCAAGACUGGACAACUCCAAGUUAUCUCGUGUUUAGAAAGUCUUCCUAAAACAACUCAUGACUUGAACUCCUUCAAGGUGGAUGUAACCUUUGCUUCGCCAUCAAUGUUGUCCUUUGUUUUACAAGGAGUUUUCAAAGAAAAUGAAACACGAUCAGACAAAGCAGUGUUCAGAUUUUUUAGCAGAUCAUUUGUUACAGUUCCUUCUGGGCCUGGAAUGGUUAUAACAAAUGAUUUAUUGACAAUUUCGAAUGCAAGUAUCGCCCAAAGUAAAGCCUUCAAAGUGGCUGCACCAACACCCUCAUCAAGUCCUGCAUCUAGUACACAGUCAGUCCCUGGAGCUCAAUCUUCAUCAAUCCAGUCACCAGAGCAACUCCAAAUGAUUGAAAGGUUUAUGGCUGACUCUAAAAUGAAUGCUGCCUACUCUCUUCAGUGUCUGCAAGCCAAUGACUGGGAUUACAAUAAAGCUGGUCUUAUCUUUACAGAUUUAAAGAACCAAGGCAGGAUCCCUCCAGAGGCAUUUUUAUGAAGCAUUGGAUUCAUCUGAGAAUUACCCGCUGUAUUUGGAAGUCUGGAAUCAAGAUUGUCAAUGAUCCAAUGUGAUAUCUUAUAAGAUAGAAAUUGACUAGCUACUUUACAUUAUGUCUAUCAGUCAAAGAUCUGUUGUAUUUCCUUUUGCUUAAUAGAAAAAAACAGAGAGAAAUGUUUUAAGUCCUACAGUAUCUAGAGCUAUUCAAUGUAUGUGGACUGACUGAAAUUGAGCACUGGAAAAAACAACACUUUAAACUGUUAUAAUAGAUCAAAUAAUUUUCAGACAUAACCAAGUAGUCCUUAAUGUUAUCAACUUGGUAAUCAGUUUACCUUAUCAAUUGCUUGAGUUCUUUUGAUCAAUUAAUUUAGACACAAAAAUUCAAGUCAUUAUAAAACUUUUUUUUUUUUAUUUAAAUUCAUUUUAAAAUUACAUAACUAUGCAAUGUCUGAUUUUUAACCUUUUAUUUAUAUAUAUAAAAGUCUACAUUUUGUAUGAUGGCUUGAAAGUUGAUCCUAAAAUGGUUGGAUGUACAUGUGCUUCUGUUCAGACAAGAAUAAAUCAUUUUGUUUCUC